GACCAUAGACGCGGCCAGGCCGCCGCGGCCAUGGUCGCCGGUGCGUAGGCAAGCGCGACAUGUGGACGGCCGAAAAAUUUGCAGUCGACUUCCAAGGAUGUGUCAAGAUGGACGUGCAGAAGAUAAUCACGCUAACUGUGCUUGUGUAUUUACUACGAAAACGAAAACGGAAGAUUUCACGUAAAAGACAGUUUUGGGUGCAUCCAUUACUUUGCGAGAGAAAGACUAAAGGAUUAUAUUAUACUUAUUUUUUGGAUUUAAAAAUGUAUGAGAAGAGAUUCUUUAAUUACAUGAGAAUGUCAACGAAUACUUUUAACCUGUUACUGGAUACAAUAAAACCAAAAAUUACUGGAACUGGUAACAACUAUCGGAAAUGCAUUCCAGCAGAAGAAAAAUUAGUAAUAACAAUAAGGUAUUUGGCUACUGGGUGUUCUUUAUCUCAUAUAAGUCAUGAAUACCGUAUAGGGCUUCCUACAGUAUCGGAAAUAGUAUUUGAUGUUUGUGAAGCAAUAUGGGAGAUAUUAAAACCAAUUGUGAUGCCACAAUUGACCAGAGAUAAGUGGAUUCAAACGGCUGAAGGUUUUCAAAAAUACGCCCAAUUUCCUAAUUGCAUCGGAGCCAUCGACGGCAAGCACAUUAGAGUUAUCAAACCACAACAUUCGGGAUCUCUUUAUUACAAUUACAAGAAUUAUUUUUCAAUCGUGUUACUUGCAAUAUGUGAUGUAAAUUAUAAAUUUCUUUACGUAGAUAUUGGAGCAUACGGCAAAUGCAGUGAUUCGUCAAUUUACAAAGACUCUGUAUUUUAUCAUAGGCUUUUAAAUAAUGAUCUCGAUAUUCCGAGCAAUAACCCCAUCAAAGAAAAUGGCCAAUCAAUGCCGUUCGUUUUAGUGGGUGAUGAGGCGUUUUCACUAUCGGAACAUAUGAUGCGACCGUAUGCUGGGAGAAACUUGAAUAAUGUAAAGACUAAUUUUAAUUAUCGACUAUCCCGUGCCCGCCGCUAUAUUGAAUGUACAUUUGGAAUAUUAGCCAAUAAAUGGCAGAUUCUUCACCGACCCCUAAACGUCAAGAAAGAAUUUGCAGUUGUGAUUAUAAAAGCUCUAUGUGUGCUUCAUAAUUUUGUGCGAGAAAGAGACGGAUAUGAUUUCAAGGACACGUUAACUGUACCAGAGGCUUUAUUAGAAAUACCUGCAUGUUUACCUAAUAGAGCAAAUAGAACAUCAACCGAAUAUCGAGAUAUAUUCGCAAACUACUUCAGUACCGAUGGUCGCUUGCCCUGGCACAAUUUGUAAAUAUAUGGGUGCUCGCCGCGAGCCGCCAUUGCGCGCCGUAAACAAAAUGGCGUCGAACGCACAUGCGGUAUGAGUAAUCUUUUUAAAAAGUUAUUCCAAUCAUUACGAAAACCUGGGAAAUUUUAGCAAAUAAUUGUCAAAACUCAUGUGCAAAGCGAAAAAUAGUAGAAAUAAAAUAGUUAUACUUUUGACAAUUACCUAUUUGCUAAAAUUUCUUAGAUUUUGAAUGAACGGAACAACUUUAAAAAAAAAUCACUCAUGUCACAUAUACGUGUCGAAUGCUACUACAGCACCUGCUGCGUUUAUUGUAGUUCAUCGCAUUAUUAAUUUACUUAGGCAUAAUAAAAUAAAAUACUAACCAA